AUGCCCAAGCUGCCCUCGUUGGUUCCGGCGGCUGUCGCCCAGCCCCUAUCCCGCGGCACAGAGCUGGUGAGAGGUGCCGUCGGCAGCUUGACCUGGGGACCGGCUCUGUCCGUGGCCAAGCCUGCGAUCCUCUCCGUCUUCUCCAAGAUUGAGCGUGGCACCCUUCUUCUCGUCGACGAGCCAGCCGAGUUUAGGCGGGUGUUCGGUCAGAAGCUGGGCGCAAAGUACAACGAGAACCUCACCAACGGUGAAUACGUUUCUCGCCGCGCAGAUGCCAUCCCUAGGGUCGAGCUGGUUGUGAAGAGCGAGGCCUUUUGGAUGCGACUAUUCCUGUUCGCCGACAUGGGCUUUGCCGAGUCGUACAUGCUCGGCGAGAUUGAGUGCAAAGAUCUAACUGCUUUCUUCCAGCUCUUCAUCGUCAACCGUGAGGAAAUGGGCAACGGAACAACAUGGUUCUCGAGCUUGUCUACCGCCAUCUCGAGUCUGGCCCGAACCACCAACACCCUCUCGAACGCGCUCCUCAAUAUUUCGGCACAUUACGACAUUAGCAACGAUAUGUUCGCCGCAUUUCUGUCGCCAGACAUGACUUAUUCGUGCCCCAUCUGGAAGAUGCACCCUGAUCCGAGCGAACCAGAAGAGACGUUGGAGCAUGCGCAAAUGACGAAACUGCACCGCUUCAUCGACGGGGCUCGCAUAAAAUCAUCGGAUCAUGUGUUGGAAAUCGGCACUGGUUGGGGCUCCUUUGCGAUCGAGGCCGUCAAGAAAACCGGCUGCCGCGUGACGAGCCUAACGCUCUCCAAGGAACAAAAGGCCCUUGCGGAGGAGCGCAUAGAAGCUGCGGGCUUCUCUGAUCGCAUCGACGUCCGUUUGACGGACUACCGAGCUUUGGAAACACCGGAAAGACCUUUUGACAAGAUUGUGUCGAUCGAGAUGCUGGAAGCUGUCGGCCAGGAGUUCCUGGGAACGUACUUCGCUUGCAUGGACAGAUUGCUGAAGAAGGAUGGAGGUAUUGCCGUCUUUCAAUGCAUCACCAUGCCCGAAGGCCGCCACGAGGCGUACUCAAAGGGAGAAGAGUAA